CGAAGGAGGGUUUAAAACCCUUUUGUCCUUCGUGACGAGCCGUAGCGGUGGGCGGAGUGACAUGGCAGCCAAGGUGCUGGCGCUGGCGGCGGUUCCGGGGGCGCUGGGGCUCGCGGCCCUGCGGGUGCGCGCGGCGGGGGACCCGCUGGAGAAGGAGAGGCUCGUGUCCCCGAAGCAGAUGUCCGUCUACGCCCCGCCCGCACAGAAGCUGCAGUUCGUGGAGGAGCAGCCAGGACGCCUGCAGACGGGACUGGCGGGGGCCAGGGAGGGGCUGCGGCCCUACGUCCGCUCCGUCAAGGGUGCCUGUUCUUCAGUCAAAACAGGAGUGAUAAACGUCGUCGACUUUGUGCAAGACACCUACAUCUACCUGAGAGACCCGCCCCCAGGGUUUCUGCCCCGGGUCAGCCUCAUGACUGUGUCAGGAUUGGCCGGCCUGGUCUUGGCAAGGAAAGGGUCCCGUUUCAAGAAGCUGGUGUUCCCCGCGGGCCUGGUGGCAGCGGGGGCGGCUGUGUGCUACCCAGCGCAGGCAGUGGCCUUUCUGAAGGUGACGGGCAAGAAGGCGUAUGCGGCAAGCCAGUGGACCAGCGGUGCUGCCAGUUCGCUAUGGAAACGGAGCGCAGCCAAACCGGCGGGCCCAGAGCGGUCGGCCUCGGCAAAAGAAGAACCCAGCCCUGCGCCUGUCCCUGGUCCUGAGCCAGAGGCUGCCCAGCAGUCGCCCCUUGCUGACGCCCCCCUUGUGGCUGAGGGCGUGGCCUCUGAAGCCCCUCCUCCCACCCCUCUAACACAGCCCCGCCCCCUCACCGCUGACCCAGCCUCUCCUGAGCCCCUGGCCAGUGACCCUCCAAAGCACCUGGAGUCUUCCUCGGCCCCAGAGGUCCUGCCCAGUGAUUCCGGCUUGGUGACACCUGUAGCUGACGCACCCACAGAUGCCCCGGUGAAAGCGCGGUUCACCCCUGACCCCAGGCUGGCGGAUCACGGCCAGGCCAGCCCUGAAGACGCAGACCUGUACAGCACGCGCAGCUGAGCGGGAGGGAACCUCACCCCCCCCGUCUGCUCUCGACUGUCCCCCAUCGGUACUCGGACACCAGGCGGGGCUGCCGGUCCGGACUCCUGCCCGACCGCUGUCAGGGCCGAAAAACACAUCUUAUUUAAGAGCUGCAGUACAUACAAAUUAAAGAUUACAUGGCAUUAAUGUUUGCAGGUUCUGGUAAUAAAAAUCUAAACCUUCCCCCCACCCCGACCAGGCAACAUCACAUUUGUUAUUGAUUCUAUGCAGACUUAGACUAUGGAGGUGAUGUGCCUUUGCCAGAAACCCCUUAAUUUACAAGCGAUAUCCCCCCCCCCGAGACUGUGCCUUUGCUGCAUCACUUCCAUGUGCAAAUUUAAAUCAGAAGGAUGUGCAACAGUACCAGCAAGGGAGGCCGAUUGGAUCUGCAGGCGCAGAAAGGCGUGUCCUGGACCCCUGUGCCUGGAGGGGGGGCGCCAGCGAGGCAGCCUCCCCAGCCGCCAGCCCGUCGCUCGGGGUGCGCCGGAGUUUGCGGAUCACUCGGCGCCGAAGGGUGCUGACGGGUGGGCGUGUCGCAGGAGCUUGCCUGAGAUAGUGGGGGCUCUGCUGCUGGGGGGUCAAGCUGUUAAACAGUCAGCAGGCACUUGCAUUUGUUUUCCCCACACUUGAGUCAUCCCCCCCUCCCCCCGGUGUAGAGCCUAGACCUACAAAUAUUCGCAGAAUUUUGUCCACCUCUCAUUUUGUUAUGCUAGAUUUUUAGCUUGUGUAUGUGUGUGGGUAGACACCGUGCGGGGAAGAUGAAUGCGCACGUGAUUAAAUUUGCACACAUCGAUACAGAACCCAGGAGGAAGAAGUGGACUAGGUUUGCAGUCUGCCAGGACUGCCUGUGGGUAUUUUUGAUAUGACUGCAUUCCAGUGGAAUAAAAAAAAAAAAUACUCGUAACGUAGUUAUUCUUUUCCUUGUUUCACCUCUGGUGCUGUCUGCAGGUGUCAGGGCUUCUUCCUGUUCUCCUGUCUGCAGGUUUCCAGACUUCCUGUUCCGGUUGGAUCUCAUGCGGAUCUUUCUUAUCCUUAUCCUUUAAUUGGGGAUCAAAGCCGGCGUUUCAGCUUCUCAAAUGCACUAGAUCCAGCACUUCAAAUGAUUACAGGUGUUGUGCUCCCCUGUGAUCGCUUUCAUUGCAAAUUCUCAUUUUGUUUUUCUAGCCUAGCAGCAUAACCAUAAAAUAGAAAGCAUAACCAUUUGCAGAGUCCUCAUCCAAUAAAUCUUGAAAUCCAGGAUCUAGUUAAUUUGCUGAGUUUUUUGCCUGUCAUGAGUAUUGUGUGUGUCUGCGAAUAUAUAUAUAUUUUCCUGAAGACUGCUCUGUAGUUGUGCUGUGCAGCAGUACUGCAUAACAGCUGUACUGGGGAUGUAGCAAUUGUAAUGUAACAAGGAAGGAGUUCUGGAAACAAGAUAAAAAGUCCAUUGGAAAGUCCCUGCAUAUGAUCAAUUUCUAGAUCUCGAUAAUAAAUAUGAAACUUUAA